UUCUUGUUUGGUGUUGGAAUUCCGGGCACUUUGAAUGGGGAAAGAGGUAGGAUUCGUAGGAAGCUUCUAACCUAGUGGAUGACUGACUGAGUCUGUGGGCUGCUAUGAUGCAUCUGAUCUGGUUGCUUCUUAAGCAUGGGGAAGCAACUCUCAGUGAUAAUAUGGCUAAUUGUAUUCCAACUCCUUUUUUCAACUGGGUAUGGCGACUAUGGUCGUACACCCACUGGGACUAGAAGUUCUUCUGGUGGAUUCAAUUCGGAGGAGGCUAGUCGAGAUGCUUAUGCGGCCCUAAAAAGUAAUCGUUUCCCUGAUUCAUCAGCUCUUAGAAGAUCUGAUAGAGCGGAUGUGGAUGUGGAUUCAAAUUCAAUCCUGGAGUUCAAUGAGCCUGUUGGUCUACAAGCGGAAGCCCAAGAUGGUGGGGUGAUGAUGCUGCCAAACUUUAAUGGUGAAAGGGAUGAUGAAAAUAGUGAGGUAUAUGUUAAAGUUCGAAGGAUAAGGUUCUCAAGCGGUGCCCAAGAUGUAGUUAGUUACGGAAUAUUGUCAAGUCUGUUGGCUGUUUCACACUCUGAAGUUCCUGGCUUGGAAAGCGGAAGCCGAAGGUUAUCAUUAUCAAGUGGUGCCCUCGAUGUAGUUGCUUACGGAAUAUGGUCAAGUCUGUGGGCUGUUACAGACUCUGAAGUUCCUGACUUGGAAAGAGGAAGGCCAAGGUGGUCAACCCCAGGAGCUGGUACAUCCUCUCAAGUAGAGAAAAGGUCGAAUCAGAGGCUUAUUGAAUUAGGUUUUGCAAUUCUUCUCGGAUCAAUUACUGCUAUUGUUUCCAUCGAUGUUGGUGAGAUAUCAUCUCUAAACAGAUUUAUAUUGAAUUGUGUAUUGGUUAUAAGCAUAGUGGCUUUUGUUUCUCUCACGGCAGCCUUCAUGACUCUCUCAUCAACUCCUUCUACUGAUACUCAUACAACCCACACUGCUAACACAAUUUUGGCCAGGCUAGGAUUCGCUGCUAGUGCUUUUGGGUUCAUAUUAGUGAUAGCUAUGGGCCUCCCAGACAAACUGCUUUAGGUCAUCGUCCUGGCUUUAAUUGCUCUAGUGUUCAUAUUUGUCAAAACUUGUUUGUAUUUAAUUAGGUAUAUAUGUAUUGUGUUGACACAAGUAAAUGUUUAUUUUUGUUUUUUGAAAUGUUAAGGGACACUUAGAGGCUAUAUCAUGUGUAUAUGCUUUUCCUUU